CUUGUCGAACACUCGUAAAUAUUUGCAUCUUCGUAUUCUAUGUUCUCAAAAGUGUAUAUAAAAGUUAUUUCAGUUCCUCAUCUUUCGCUCAAAAUUUAAAUAUUUGGAUUAAAAAUAAACUUCGUCUUUCGAGUGAAUAGUGUAUAGUGUAGGUGUAAAUUUUACAAGAUGGGCACAUCAAUUAUCGAGGGCGAAAUCCAUAGAUUGCAAUGGGAGGAUUACCUCGUGAUUGCCGCAAUCAUGUCAAUUUCUAUCCUCAUAGGGAUUUACUAUCGAUUCAGCGGUGGUCGACAACGUACUGCAGCGGAAUAUUUUACCGCGGACAGUUCGCUAGGCGUUUUUCCUCUCGCAAUCGCCAUGAUGGCCUCCCAUAUAUCAGCAAUUUCUAUGCUCGGAAUGAGCGGGGAAACUUACAUCCGCGGCUUGUUUGUCGUACUAUUCUAUACUACAAACAUUUUUGUCGUGCCAAUCGUAGGUAUCUGCUAUCUACCAGUCUUCUUCGAGCUCAAGGUCGUAAGCAUCUACGAGUAUCUGGAGAAACGAUUUGGAUUGUAUAUGCGAUUGUUAGUGAGCGCGGCUAAUUUCACCGAAACGAUGUUGCUGACUGGUGUGAUGCUAUAUGCACCUUCGUUAGCUCUCGAGGCCACCACAGGAUUAUCGAGUUUUAUGAGCAUCUCGGUACUCUCCGUAAUUUGCACCUUCUAUUCAACGAUAGGUGGCAUCAAAGCGGUGUUGGUCACCGAUAUAUUCCAGGGUUUGCUCAUGAUCGUUGCCCUUAGCACUAUCAUCUUCAUUGUUGCUGGCGAGGUUGGAGGAAUCGGUGGUAUUUGGCGCAUUGCUUCGGAAGGAAACCGUCUCGAUUUCUCCAACGUGAGUUUGGAUCCAACUGUGCAAUACACGUGGUGGAGUCUUUUGUUCGGCGGAGGAGCGAUAGCUCUAUCAUAUCUCGCAGUGAAUCAAGUGCAAGUCCAACGUUUAAUGACUGUUAAAAACGUGAAGGUGGCUACGUAUGCCCUGCUGCUGUGCGGUCCUUUCAUCACAUUCGUGGGUUUCCUGACUUGUUUCGCCGGCUUGUCGAUCUACGCGAUCUACACAGAGUGCGAUCCCGUGGCCUCGAACAAGAUCAGCACUUACGACAAACUGGUACCAUUCUUCACCGCGGAGAGAUUGUCGCCCGGCUUGGUGGGUCUUAUCAUUUCCGGUAUCUUCAGCGCCAGCUUGAGCACCAUUUCCGCCAUGAUGAACUCGCUGGCCGCGGUGGCGCUGGAGGAUUACGUUAAGCCGCUGCAUCGAAAGUUCGGAGUGGAGUUUUCCGAUAAGAGGGCCACCUUCACGGCCAAGGCGCUCACGGUUGUGAACGGCAUCAUUUGUCUGUUCUUAGCCCUGCUGGCGAAGACGAUGGGCAGCCUGGUCGCCGCCGCCUUCAGCAUCCACGGCGCUAUCGGCGGACCCAUUCUGGGUAUCUUCACUCUGGGAAUGGUGUUCGAGAGCGCCAACGAAAUUGGAACCAUCAUCGGCAUGAUUACGGCGUUGAUCGUUUGUUUGUGGGCCGCGUUCGGGUACCCGAAACCACCUGUCCCGAAGCUACCGACGUCGAUCGAGGGUUGCGCGAAUGCCACAGUAUUGCUCGCCGAACAGAUGAAGCUCAACAGCACUGUCGAACCGGACAAUUCGUCGUACUUCUACCUCUAUCGCAUUUCCUAUUUAUGGUAUAAUCCUAUGGGACUGAUAAUUACUUUAGUAGUUGGAUAUACGGCGAGCCUUGCAGUACAGUUUAUUCAACGCAGAAGCAUUAUUGAACACGAUCCAAGUUUGUUUAUGCCAUUUGUGGCCGCGAGAAUCAGACGGCGACGCCAAGACGCGCAGAAAACUACUAACAGUCAGCUCUUCGUUCUGGAACCUAGCCAUAUGAAAUGAGGCUUUUUUUAGUUAAAUAUAACCUGCAAUUAUUUAGAGACAAAAAUAUGUUACUUCAAGUCGAGCGAUCGGUAAAAUGAUUCAGUAUGCUUAAUAUUAUAAGGAUACUAUUAUAUGGACUGACUCUCUAUUAUUAUUAUAAAGAUAAGGCCAGAAACUUAUUUUGAUAUCCGUCUACGUCUUUUCCAUAGCAUGUAUUUUUAUCAAGUUUUUCAUCGAUAUAAUGUAAGUUAUUAUAAAUAAAAAACGUAGGUUAGUUAAAUGUAUUGAGUAACU